CUUCCGCGAGAUCCGUCUGUGUUGCGGAAAAUACCUUUUUGGGCGUCCGACCACAUGUGUGAAUUGUGAACAAAAUAUGGUUCUUUAGUUAUUUCCAGGUCGAAAAGGUCAUUUUCAGUUAUAUUUGUGCACGUAAUCGAUCGCCACGGUGCGUCCGGACCGUCGGGUGUGCGUAAAAAGUUGGAACGAGACGACGGAAGUGAAUUUUUUCGAUGUAAAUACGGUCGAUCCAGGGUCAGUCUGGUGUGAAUUUUGUACUGUGCACAUAUUUGUUUCUAUUAUAGUUCGGUGAAACUAGUCUAGAUAUAACAUCGUCGAGUACAGGUCGACCUCUGUGUGGUGUAAAAAGUGAAUUUCGUGGGUUCAACCCGCACCAUGCCGUCUUGCUAAGAGGCAUGGCCGCGCGCUCGUGAUCCUAUGUCGGCGCGGAGCGCGCGCCCGGGCUUACAUAACGUGGAGAGCGGCAUGGCCGCGCGAGUGUCGGAGGGCGCGGGGCCCUCGUACGCGUCGGUGCUGAACUUCCGAGGCGGGGACAGCAACAAGGAGAACAUCGAGAACAUCGAGGCCUCCGAGGAGGUGGCGGACGCGCCGCCACGGCCGGACGACGAGGAGGAGGAGGGCUUCGUGCCCGUCAUCUCGCACGCGCGGCGUCCUGCCAAGAGCCGUCGUGAGCGCGAGCGCAGGGCUCCUCCGCGCCCCCACAAGGCCCCUCAACCUCACAACGAGCCUCAGCCCACCACAGACCAGCAGCAAUCAGACGACCAGCCCAAGAAGUUUGUCGAGGCCCCAAUACCUAAAGUCAACCCUUGGCAGGUCCGAGGUGGGAGCACUGGGGCUCCGCCCCCCGCGCCGCCGGCCAUCUUGGAGCAGGAGAAGCGGUCGCCGCUGCAGCCACAGCAGCAGGGCAGGGCGCAGCUGCCUCCUCCAGAGCCCAUUCCGCCGCCGCCAGCGCCAAAGCCAGCGGUUGUGAAGCCACCCAAGAAUGUCAAGGUCAAUCAGAAGGCUUCAGACUUCACAGACACGGGCGACUGGCCGACGCUAGGCGCUGCGGUGGCGGGGGCUAGGUGCCAUUCCACGCCGCCUCCUCACGACGACCCCUCCCAUCAUAACGGAAAUGCUGACCAAGAGCGGGCACCGCUCGAGGAGCAGCCUCCGAGGGUGGAGAAGGUGGAGGUGACGCACAACCACCAGGCGUACAACGACAAGCACGCGCAGCAUGACAAGAACAAAGCGGCAGCAGGCAAAGGUGGCAGCAAAUCUGGCAAACACAAAUGGGUGCCUCUCGACAUCGACGUCAAAGCCGCCCGGCCGCCCAAACAUGGGCCCCCGCAUCCGCCCAGACAGGAUCACGACACAGUGUCGCUAAACGGCGAGGACUACCGUGCGAGGGGGUCAGCACGAGGGAGGGGUGCGGUGAGAGCGCGGGGGGCGAGACGCACGACACCCAGGGCCGCGUCCUUACAUCCUCACCCCCAUCCGCUGUACCACCACCCUGAGCUGGCGCAUCAUGAUAUGCCGCAGCUGCGCGUGGCUCAGCCGGCGCUGCCUCAGGUGGUGCUCCGCUACGGACUGGGAGCUUUGCCGCUGGCGCCGCCGCUUGCGCAGGCCUUCUACUACGGCGCCGCGGCUGCCACCGGAGCCCCGUACGGGGUCGGCCUGGAUCAAGCGACGCUGAAGGAUCUCAUCAAGAAGCAGAUCGAGUACUACUUCAGCCCGGACAACCUGGCGCGGGACUUCUUCCUGCGCCGCAAGAUGUCCGCGGACGGCACCAUCCCCGUCACGCUCAUCGCGUCCUUCCACCGCGUGCGCGCGCUCACCGCGGACGUGCAGCUCGUGCUGGACGCCAUUCGCGACUCCGACCGCUUGCAGCUCAUCAACGGGUUCAAGGUCCGUACGGCAUUCGAGCCGACAAAAUGGCCGAUACUGGACAUCAACAACGAAAACACGGGGCCCAAUACCCACGAAACCGGACACGAUCCGAAAUCGGACCAGCACCCGGACGCCAAACCGGCCGACGGGAAAACCGAUGAGAAAGGAGACAGUGAGACGGCCAAAGAACAGGAGAGAAUAGAAGAGAGGAUAGAGAGUGAAGUUAGAGAAGAGAAGAGUGGAGUCGAGAAUGAAAAGAGUUUAGAAGACGAGGUAAAACCAACAGAACCAGAAUCGACACCAGUCCAAUCGACAGAAGUAAAAUCAGAAGAACCACCAACACAAACUGACAAACAAGACAUCCCAGAGGUUCCAGUGGUUCCAGAAGUGGCCCAAGAAGUUACGCAAACUCCAGAAGUUACCCCCACAGAAGUGAAAGAAGAAGAGCAGAGAACAGAGAAUGAGAGUGCAGAAGUGCAACAAGUGGUGGAGAGUACGGAGGAAGUGGAGAAGGUCCCGGAGUCCAGUGAGGAUCCUCCAUUGCAGCCUGAUGUGACUGACAAACCUGGGGAGAAACGCCGUAAAAAACAGAUGGUCGGCAUUUUCCCGCUCGCAACGAUGGGUGGUCCCUUAGUGGCUCCAGUGUCGAGUCUACUGCGGGCGGUGCCACCACCGCCACUACCCAGAAUGUUUCGCACCGGCCGCGGCGGCGCGUCCCCCCUGAUGCCCCACGACCACCUCAACCCCGAUGUACCGGAGUUCGUACCACAGGCGAGGAGAGUUGAGGAACCAAACGCUGAGAAAUCCAGUCAGCGUGAAGAUGAACGGACAAGGAGUCCCACAUCUGACAGAAGCGAUCCUGAUGUAUGGACCGAGGUCAAACGUCGCACAAAAGCCGGUUCCCGGGAGCGCGGCGCCCCCGCUCCCACCCCCCGGGAAGAAGUGGAGGAGCCCCGGGAGGAACUGCAUUUUCAGCUGGACGAGGAGUUGGAACUGCCACCUCCGAGGCAAAACGCCUUCACUGACGCUUGGUCUGACGAGGAAUCGGACCUGGAGUUCACGGAUCGCGACGUGGGUCGGCUGCUGAUAGUGACGCAGACGACCACCCGCCAGCCCAAACACGACGGACACGACCGCCAGGGCGACUGGGCCACGAGGACCAAGAUCACCCAGGACUUGGAGCAGGUGAUCACAGAUGGACUCAGACGCUAUGAGGAGGAUUUGUGGAAUGAGGGUAUCCCACCUUCAUACAGCAGUACGCCGCAGUAUCGGACAGUGUCGGUCAUCAGUCGGGAACAGUUCGAAGCUGCGGCUCCUACGGAACGCCACCAGAACCCCACGGAACCACCUCCACCGCCUCCGAGACCGCAACCUGUCGAGCAGCAAGCAGAGUCGGGCGGCAAGAUGAAGCGGCCGCGACGCACGGCGCGCUUCUACGCCGCCAACAAGGACCCGCACGCCACUGACGUCAUAAGCAGCAGAAAGCACAAGACCCGCCACAGCCUCAACCCACCGGUGGAACACCACGUGGGAUGGAUCAUGGAUGUUCGCGAGCACAGGAGACAGCACCGCGACAGCGCCGGGUCGUCUCUGGGCACGUCGCCCACGCUGGGCUCCUCGUGCGGCUCGGUGCCGCAGUCGCUGCCGGUGUUCCACCACCCCAGCCACGGCCUGCUGCGCGAGAACCACUUCACCCAGCAGGCCUACCACAAAUACUACUCGCGGUGUCUCAAAGAGCGCGCGAAGCUUGGUAUCGGGCAGUCCCAGGAGAUGAACACACUGUUUCGCUUCUGGUCGUUCUUCCUGCGGGACCAUUUCAACAGGAAUAUGUACAACGAAUUCAGGACGCUUGCGAACGAGGACGCUGCGGCCGGGUUCCGCUACGGACUGGAGUGUCUGUUCCGUUUCUUCUCGUACGGGCUGGAGCGCAAGUUCCGCCCCGAGCUCUACCAGCACUUCCAGGCCGAAACUCUCGCUGACUACGAAAAGGGUCAGCUGUACGGCAUAGAAAAGUUCUGGGCGUUCCUCAAGUACUACAAGCACGCGGGAGCCCUGCAGGUGGAUCCCAAGCUGCAGGCGCAUCUCGCCAAGUUCAAGAGCAUCGAAGACUUCCGGGUGCUAGAGCCCCAACUGAAUGAACUCCUGGCCUCGCAAGGCCCGUCCGGCGCAGGCCGCGGGCCCCACGCCAGGCCCUACGACCGGCACCGCUCCGUCUCCGAGAGCGAGCGCAGCCAGGCGCAAGGCUAUAGGAACAACUUCACUCGGCCAACCGGCAACUCUGGAAACCCCUCAAACAAUCGCGGGCGAGCCGGCUCGUGCGGAGCGCAGAGCGUCAUCGCCAACUCACGACCUAGACCAAAACAACAGAAAGCGAAACCCGAGGCCGCCCCGACCGAGCUGACGACGCAGGUCGCCACCAAAACGCAGUAGACGUGACAAACAUACAUACAUACAAAUAAACCAAGAAAACGAACACUGUACAUAAAUAUAUAAACAAACAAAAAAAACUAUCUUUGUGAAUGUAUGUGGUUACUUACUUAAUACAAAAAAAAACGUGAAAG